GCUGCAUGGCGCUGAGAUGGCGGGGGCGCCGCGCGGCCGAGGCGGCGGCGGACGCGGCGCGGGCGAGCCCGGGGGCGCUGAGCGGGCGGCAGGGUCGGGCGGCCGGCAGGGGCUCCGAGCGUGCGGCGAGGAGUUCGCGUGCCCGGAGCUGGAGGCGCUGUUCCGCGGCUACACGCUGCGGCUGGAGCAGGCGGCCACGCUGAAGGCGCUGGUCGUGCUCAGUCUCCUGGCGGGCACGCUGGCGCUCGCCGAGCUCCUGGGCGCGCCCGGGCCCGCGCCUGGCCUGGCCAAAGGCUCGCACCCCGUGCACUGCAUCCUUUUCCUGGCGCUCCUCGUGGUCACCAAUGUCCGCUCCUUGCAGGUGCCCCAGCUGCAGCAGGUCGGCCGGCUCGCCCUGCUUUUCAGCCUCACCUUCGCACUGCUCUGCUGCCCCUUCGCGCUCGGUGGUCCCGCCGGGACUCAGGCUGGGGCUGCUGCGGUGCCCGUGGCCGCGGAGCAAGGCGUUUGGCAGCUCCUUUUAGUCACCUUCGUGUCCUAUGCUCUGCUGCCCGUGCGCAGCGUGCUGGCCAUCGGCUUCGGUCUCGUGGUGGCUGCCUCACACUUGCUGGUCACGGCCACCCUGGUGCCCACCAAGCGUUCACGUCACUGGAGUACGCUUGGCGCCAAUGCCCUGCUCUUCGUCAGCGUGAACAUGUAUGGGGUCUUUGUGAGGAUCCUUGCUGAGCGCUCCCAGAGGAAGGCCUUCUUGCAGGCCCGGAACUGCAUUGAGGACCGGCUGAGGCUAGAGGACGAGAACGAGAAGCAGGAGCGGCUGCUCAUGAGUCUUCUACCCCGGAAUGUCGCCAUGGAGAUGAAGGAGGACUUCCUGAAGCCCCCAGACAGGAUUUUCCACAAGAUUUACAUCCAGAGGCAUGACAAUGUCAGCAUCCUCUUUGCUGACAUCGUGGGCUUCACUGGCUUGGCGUCCCAGUGCACGGCACAGGAGCUGGUGAAACUCCUCAACGAGCUCUUCGGCAAGUUUGAUGAAUUGGCCACGGAGAACCACUGCCGUCGCAUCAAGAUCCUGGGGGACUGCUAUUACUGCGUGUCUGGCCUCACCCAGCCCAAGACCGACCAUGCCCACUGCUGUGUGGAGAUGGGCCUGGACAUGAUCGACACCAUCACGUCCGUGGCCGAGGCCACUGAGGUGGAUCUGAACAUGCGCGUGGGGCUGCACACCGGCAGGGUCCUCUGCGGAGUCCUGGGCCUGCGCAAGUGGCAAUAUGACGUGUGGUCCAAUGAUGUGACUCUAGCCAAUGUCAUGGAAGCUGCCGGCUUACCAGGCAAGGUUCACAUCACCAAGACAACUCUGGCGUGCUUGAAUGGUGACUAUGAAGUGGAACCAGGUCACGGGCAUGAGAGGAACAGUUUUUUGAAAACACAUAACAUUGAGACUUUUUUCAUUGUGCCAUCACAUCGGCGGAAGAUCUUUCCAGGACUGAUUCUCUCUGACAUAAAACCAGCCAAGAGGAUGAAGUUCAAGACCGUCUGCUACUUGCUCGUGCAGCUCAUGCACUGCCGGAAGAUGUUCAAGGCUGAGAUCCCCUUCUCCAAUGUCAUGACAUGUGAGGAUGACAAGCGGAGGGCAUUGAGAACAACUUCAGAGAAACUCAGAAACCGCUCAUCUUUCUCUACGAAUGUUGUCUAUACCACCCCGGGCACACGUGUUAACAGGUACAUUGGCCGCCUCCUGGAAGCCCGCCAGACAGAGCUGGAGAUGGCUGACCUGAACUUCUUCACUCUGAAGUAUAAGCAAGCCGAGCGAGAGCGAAAGUACCACCAGCUUCAGGACGAGUAUUUCACCAGUGCCGUCGUGCUUGCCCUCAUUCUGGCUGCCUUAUUUGGCCUUGUCUACCUUCUCAUAAUCCCACAGAGUCUGGCCCUCCUGCUUCUGUUGGUGUUCUGCAUCUGUUUCCUGGUGACCUGUGUUCUGUACCUGCACAUCACCCGGGUCCAGCGGAGGGCAUUGAGAACAACUUCAGAGAAACUCAGAAACCGCUCAUCUUUCUCUACGAAUGUUGUCUAUACCACCCCGGGCACACGUGUUAACAGGUACAUUGGCCGCCUCCUGGAAGCCCGCCAGACAGAGCUGGAGAUGGCUGACCUGAACUUCUUCACUCUGAAGUAUAAGCAAGCCGAGCGAGAGCGAAAGUACCACCAGCUUCAGGACGAGUAUUUCACCAGUGCCGUCGUGCUUGCCCUCAUUCUGGCUGCCUUAUUUGGCCUUGUCUACCUUCUCAUAAUCCCACAGAGUCUGGCCCUCCUGCUUCUGUUGGUGUUCUGCAUCUGUUUCCUGGUGACCUGUGUUCUGUACCUGCACAUCACCCGGGUCCAGUGUUUACCAGGAUGCCUGACAAUCCAGAUCCGCACAGUCUUGUGCAUUUUCAUAGUGGUCUUAAUCUACUCUGUAGCCCAAGGUUGGGUGGUGGACUGCCUGCCGUGGGCCUGGAGCUCUAGUUCCAAUGGGUCCCUGGCAUCCGGUGGCUGGGACCCUGCCCUGCCCUGUGAGUCAGCGCCCCAUGCCCUGCUCUGUGGCCUCGUGGGCACCCUUCCUCUGGCCAUAUUUCUGCGGGUCUCUUCCUUGCCAAAAAUGAUCCUGCUCUGCGUGCUCACCACGUCCUACAUCCUGGUCCUGGAGCUCAGCGGAUACACGAAGGCCCUGGGGAGUGGCACUGUCUCCGGGCACAGCUUCGAGCCCAUUGUGGCCAUCCUGCUGUUCUCGUGUACGCUGGCCCUGCACGCCCGGCAGGUGGAUGUCAAGCUUAGGCUGGACUACCUCUGGACUGCUCAGGCAGAGGAGGAGCGGGAUGACAUGGAGCGGGUGAAGCUGGACAACAAGAGGAUCCUGUUCAACCUCCUGCCAGCCCACGUUGCUCAGCACUUCCUUAUGUCCAAUCCCCGGAACAUGGACCUCUACUACCAGUCGUACUCGCAGGUGGGCGUCAUGUUUGCCUCCAUCCCCAACUUCAAUGACUUUUACAUUGAGCUGGAUGGCAACAACAUGGGAGUGGAGUGCCUGCGGCUUCUGAACGAGAUUAUUGCCGACUUUGAUGAGCUCAUGGAAAAAGACUUUUACAAGGAUCUGGAGAAGAUCAAGACCAUCGGGAGCACCUACAUGGCUGCAGUGGGGUUGGCUCCCACGGCUGGGGCCAAGGCUCAGAAGUGUAUCUCCUCCUACCUCAGCACGCUGGCGGAUUUUGCCAUCGAGAUGUUUGAUGUCCUGGAUGAGAUCAACUAUCAGUCCUACAAUGACUUUGUGCUCAGAGUCGGUAUCAAUGUUGGCCCUGUGGUGGCUGGAGUAAUAGGUGCUCGCAGACCGCAGUACGACAUCUGGGGAAACACAGUCAACGUGGCCAGUCGGAUGGACAGCACUGGUGUCCAGGGCAGAAUCCAGGUGACUGAGGAAGUACACCGGCUGCUGUGCCAGGGUGCGUACCACUUCGUGUGUCGAGGCAAAGUCAGCGUCAAGGGCAAGGGGGAGAUGCUGACGUACUUCCUGGAAGGCAAAACCAAUGGAAACAGCUCCCAAAACAGGUCCCUGAACUCAGAGCGGAAAAUGUGUCCUUACGGGAGAGCCGGCCUUCAGACCAGACUGGCCACCGGCCGCCCUCCAGUGCCCCCUGUGGCCAGCCUACCUGUCAGAGCAAGUCUGGGGACUUUGCAAGGCUCGAGGCUCACCCCUGGGCCCCCCAGCCAGCACCUGCCCCCUGGAGCAGCUGGGAAGGAGGCUUAGUGGUAUCCACGCUGGCCACUGGGGGCACAGGGCGUGUGUGCUCAGGACCUCCAGCGGAGACCAAUCUAGCCAGCAGAGCAGGCGGCUGGUGACUGGGCUGGGGAAGGGGCAUAACCUGGAGCAGCUUGACAGUAACUCAGAUGAAGGGAGAAACCCAUCUGCAUGGAUGGUGGGGCUUUCAUAGGAGUUCUGCUUGCUCCAUUUUCUCUUCAGUGGUAGAGGGUGGGUCAGCAUAGCGUGUUAAAGCUUCAGUACAUCCACCAAGACUACAGUUUUACAGGAGAGCCAUGGAGGUCUGGCUGGCAGAGUGACCAGAUGCCCUGAGAUGGAUCUAUUCAACCUUGAGGGCGGUUCCCACCCUGGGCAGUGGUGUGCAGGAACCCAGAGUGGGAGUCAGGUCUUGCUCAGCUUGGAGCUGGCUGGCCCUGAGAUUAAUGGUUGGCAGAAUUGAGAUGCCCUGUCCCACUGCGUGGAUGGUAGUGGCUGCUGAUUUUCAUCAAAAGCGUAUUUCACUGAGAACCAGAGGCUGGUCUUCUGGAAUUCUUGGAAGAGGGUCGGGGAACUCGGCAGCCAUGUUGUAUUGUGACCAGCAUCAUCGUAUUCAGCCUGUGCAUUCACCUGCCCCACCUGAACGAACUGGUCCUCAUAAAGCCUGGGCACCUCCUUCUCUGCCUCUGUGGCUGUGUUGGUCAUUGGAGAAAGGUGGUAGGGUGUUUCUCCCCUGUCUGCCAUGGUGCCUCUGUGUCUGUGCAUGUAACAGUGGUGUGAGGCUUCACUGAUCCUAAGAACUGGAGACCCUCACAACUAUGAGAAAGCUUCCUUGAUGGAAGAUGUUUCUCCGAUGACCAGCCCCCAGAUGUGUUUUUUUUUUUUUUUUUUUUUUUUUUCAGUUUAUGGCCACAAACCCAUGUGGCCCUGCUCCACUUUGCAGGGAGAGACUGCAGGUGUGAGUCUUGGAAUUGCUCUCACGCAUUUCUGUGACUGCCCUGGAGUUGGAGUCCAAGGACAUGCCAGAUGCACUGUUAGGGGUUGGG